GGCGCGUGUGUAGUGCGUGUAGCCUAGAAGCGCGUUCACGAACUGCGGUCUUUCCAGCGGGUCAAAGCUUCACGACUGAUGACUCAUUAAUAUCCUUUUUCUGACUUCUUACUCGUAAGCAUUUCAUACAGUUAAUCAUAAUACACAUCUCUCCACCACACGUGAUCCCAACUGAAGUAUGAUGAAGCGUACACACAAGCGGAGCCCGACUCCUCCAUCUGUAACCGUCCGGGUCAAACCCAACACUCAGCACUCCCUCCGAGUCAGAAGAGGUCUGCUGCUGAAAAGACCAAAUGGACAAGAAUCACAGGGCCCAGCAUGGAAGAGCCACUCCAGCCAGCGACUACUCAAGAUGUAUCAUCCACAAAUGACAGUGCCCCCAACUAUUGUCAUUCAGGGUCAGGAAAUGACAGCGUUCUUCAGACUCUUUGAUGAUGACCUGAUCCAGGACUUCUUGUUGAUGGACUCUUGCUACAAAAUGACCGACAAGUACCUCCUCGCCAUGACGUUCGUGUACUUCAAAAGGGCUCGCUUCACCAUCGCUGAAUACACCAGGAGGAAUUUUUUCAUCGCUCUGUAUCUGUCCAACACCAUGGAGGAGGAUGAAGAGGAGAAUAAGUAUGAGAUUUUUCCCUGGGCUCUAGGAAAGAACUGGAGGAAGCUGUUUCCACACUUUAUCAAGCAGCGAGACAAACUUUGGGCUCGGAUCGAUCAUAGAGCCGCGGUCAGCAGGCACUGCUGUGAAGAGAUCAUGGCCAUCGUGCCCUCUCACUCUGUGUGGCAGCGAACUCGCUUAGAGCACCACGGCUUUGCCCAGCGCCAGUAUGGUGACCGUUCCCAAGAUUGUUUCCUCCGUGGACCCUCGGCCUCCCCGGUCUUCUGUGCCCUCUGUAACUGCGGCACCAGGUUAGGUCAGGGUCCAGGCUCUGCACUUUCCCGCCGAGGCUCCUCAGCACAGACCCAAAACCUGGCCUUUCCAUUCAUCUCUGCAAAGCAGGUGGAAAUCAGCCCACCACGGGCUGCAGCCUGUCGCAGGAAGACAGUGAAGACUAAACACCAGGCCCAGGAUUCCUGCUGCUGCUGUGCCGAGGUCUCCAGAGAUGAUGAGUCUUCCUGCGGGUCCUCAAACGACUCGGCCAUGGACUGGAUCAAUGAGGAGUAGAGCAUCACUCUUUCCACUGAUGCUUUAUGCAUUACUCUCAGUUAGUGCCACAUUUCAUGUGAAGUACAGGUCUCUGCUUUAUGUUUCCACCUCUGCUGAAUCAGUUAUUUUAAUUCAAAUGAGCUUAUGCCACUUCAUUGAAACAUGCAGUAAAAUUGAUGCGGCACGUUGUACUUUCUUUAAAUUCAUAUUCUUGGUAUUUAUUUAUUUAUUUAUUUAAGUAUUUAUUUUGUAUGUACGGGGACACUUCUUGACAAAAUCAAAAGAAAACUUUUGGCUGAAUCAAAGUUGAGCUGCUGGAGUUGACACGUCUCUUUCACUGUCUGUUGCACUCUACACUUUUCUACUGGGUGCGUUUCUAAUGUUGCCAAUGUGCCUGUUCAAUAGUUCAACACUGUUUGAAAUAAAGGCCUGAACUUUGUCUUUUUGAGAUUAACCUGA